ACACUGGUCGUGAGUAACGGUAGCAGUGGUUCCGGACGUUAACGCGCCUUUGCGGCAUUUGCAACUUUUCCGUUUUUUCUUUGAAUUAGCAGGACGCUAUACGUUUUAUUCUCUAAAUGAAUAUUAAUCUCCUUUCGAUUGGUUAUUACACAUGAGAUUUCGCUGUCUUUUCGCCAUGAGCUGCUUGGAUGUUAUGUAUCAAGUGUAUGGUCCACCCCAGCCCUACUUUGCAGCAGCUUACAGCCCUUACCAUCACCAGAAGUUGGCGUUUUAUUCCAAAAUGCAAGAAGCGCAGGAAGGCGUCAGCAGUGGCAGUUCUUUCUCCAACCUGCCCGGGGCAUCGAUAAAGGAGGAGGAUUGCGCGAGAGAGAAGGAUCAUCCUCCCGAAGCAGAAUACAUCAACUCGCGAUGUGUGCUCUUCACCUACUUCCAGGGGGACAUCAGUUCGGUGGUGGACGAGCACUUCAGUCGCGCUCUCAGUCAGUCCAGCAGUUACGUCCCCAGCUCUACCAGUAACAAGUCUGCUCGAGGUACUUCUUUUUGGAGAGACGGCUCAUUUCCUAUGAACCAGAGAAGCUUCCCUCCCUCGUUCUGGAAUAGUGCCUACCAGCCGUCCGUCAGCGCAUCCCUCAGCAGCGCCCUGGGAGCCUCGCACUCCGAGCUGCCCUUCCCCGCCGACCCCUACUCGCCCGCCUCUCUGCACAGCCACCUCCACCAGGCCACCCAGGAGCCCUGGCACCCGUCGCACCACCACCACCACCCCUACUCGCUCGGCGGCGCCAUCAGCACCCAGGGCUCGGCGUACCCGCGGCCCGGCAUGCACGACGUCUACGGGACGCACUUCGACCCGCGCUACGGCUCGCUCCUGGUGCCGUCCGUGCGACCGCACAGACUGCCCCCGGCCUCUGUCCCGGGGCCGGGCACGUCGCCAUGUGACAUCAGCAAGAGCGAGCCGGCCAGCUCCACCUGGACGGGGGCCUUCACGGGCACAGGCUCCGAGAUGGGCCAGAGCCUCAGCCUCAACGUGGACGCAGGUAUUCCAACACAAGAUAAGAGCAAGGACUUAUACUGGUUUUAGAGCCCUGCUGCCCCUUCCUGUCUCAACUGGCCUUAGUGUCUCUCUCUGCCUUGUAGACUUUGACAGGCUUUUUCUGUAACCGAUUUUGAUCUCACUUGCAGCUCGACGCUACACCUUCUGUGGUGGGACCAUCCUGAGCUGAUCUUAAACCACAGAGGAGGGCAAAUCUUCAGCUAAACCCCUAACCAGGAACCCUCGGUCAGACGAGCGAGAGCAACAAAAAAAACCCCACUGAGCCUCAAUGACCUAACAGCAAGAGUUUGAGAGGGGAGUUGUGGGAGGAGGGAAGGGGGCUCUAUGAUCCUGGAGGAACAGCCUGCCAGAAGUGGACAGUGGUAUGACUGACAGCUGAACGCUUUAAACGUAUACAAAGAGGACACUUGUCCAAAGGCAGAACAAAAGAGAGGGAGGGGGAAACACACAAAAACUCAAAGACAUUUUCUUUUGGAGGAAAUACACAGUUUGGGGAAAAAGGAGUUUUUGAACACCUACAUUUUUUGUUUCCUUACAAAGGAAAACAGAUUACAGAUAUUGUAAUCAAUCUUCACAAUGCUGGAAAAAAAGGACAAGGAUGAGAGCAGAGCAUUCCCUGACUGGACUGAAGAAAGCACAGGCUAUUUGAAGCCAUUGGACUCUAUCUAUACUGCUCACAGCAGCUGUCAAUGACAACUGUUUUGGAACUGGACAGACACACACAAUUGCAGUGUCGCUGAGUAGCGUUUGACCAAGCAUGGGCUCUGGAUUUCAUAAAAGGACUAUUUUGUGAAAUCUGGACCUCCACCCACAGGGAACAACUGGUCGGGCUUUGGAUUCAGGAUCGACAAGAGGGGGAUGGGGGAGCCAACACUGGAUAGACACACACACACACACACACACACACACACACACACACACACACACACACACACACACACACACAACACUGGGUCAAAAAGCAGUGUGUGUAUGUAUAUAUACAAGUAUGUACAUGAGUGCGUAAAGCUUGCCUCAAGGCAGAUCUCAAGUGUGGAUUGAGGUAGCUUUGAAAAUUGUCCCAUUUAAAAUGUUGAUAGCUCCUCAGUGUUUUUUUUUUCCAGACACUGGCAAAACUAGUCAGGUUUGCCCUGAUAUGUAAAAUGCAUUAAUAUAUUUACCUUGUAAAGUUUUGUUUUCCUUCAGUCCUAAAGUAAAGUCACAUUGUGUCUGUUUUGAUUAUAGCAAAUGGACCUGUGUAAUAAAAAAAAAUACAGACUGUA